AUGAGUGCACUCUUUUUUGUGGCCCUUGUUGGAGUUGCAGUUGCUUUCCCUUUUGACGAUAAGAUCGUUGGAGGAUACACCUGCCAGAAGGAUUCUGUCCCCUACCAGGUGUCCCUGAACUCUGGCUACCACUUCUGCGGAGGCUCCCUCACCAAUGAUCAAUGGGUGGUGUCUGCAGCUCACUGCUAUAAGAACCGCAUCCAAGUGAGGUUGGGAGAGCACAACAUCAACAUCCUUGAGGGCAAUGAGCACUUUGUCACUGUUUCCAAGAUCAUCAAGCACCCCGACUUUGAUGUGAAAACCCUGGAAAAUGACAUCAUGCUGAUCAAGCUCUCUUCCCCUGUGACCCUCAAUGCCCGAGUGGCCACUGUGGCCCUGCCCACCUACUGUGCACCUGCUGGCACUCAGUGCCUCAUCUCUGGCUGGGGUGAUACCUUGAGCUUUGGCGUGAACCACCCAGACCUACUCCAGUGCCUGGAUGCCCCACUGCUGCCUCAGAUUGACUGUGAAACCUCCUACCCUGGAAGGAUCACUAAUAACAUGGUCUGUGCUGGCUUCCUUGAGGGAGGCAAAGAUUCAUGCCAGGGUGACUCUGGUGGCCCUGUGGUCUGCAAUGGAGAGCUCCAGGGCAUUGUCUCCUGGGGUUAUGGCUGUGCCCUGAAGGACAACCCUGGUGUGUACACCAGGGUCUGCAACUAUGUGGACUGGAUUGCGAAUACCAUUGCUGAUAACUAA